AUGGAAGUGCCCCAUGAUGACUAUGAUAUUAGCAUCAUGAUCAGGGUGGUGAAGGAGGUGCAAGAGCUGCUGACAUCUAAACAGUUUUCAACAUAUUCAGAGCUCGAUAAGGAAAUAACGAAUAUGUUGAAGGGCUACAAGUCUAUCGGUGACGGCUUUGAGCGCUUUCGCAUAGACCUAACUAAAGACGCGGCAAACAGCCCAGACUUAAGGAGUAGUUUAGUUGACAUGAAUGCACGGUGCGAGUCACGACUCAGGGAUUUUGAGUGCAGCCAAAAAGACCAAAUCAAUGACAUGCUUCCUUUCAUCCGAAGCACCUCGCGAAUACUGGUUCACGGUUGUGGUGAUUUGUUGGCUCUCGCGAUUGCCUGUGCCAUUCAGGAGCGGGAGGGUGUUCAUUUUUACAUUUGUGAGGGUCGUCCGGCAACAGCAAAGUACCCUCAGGGUACUGGUGAGGCACUUUUAAGAAAAGCAUCUGCAACUCAUGAAGGGUUGAAACUUAAAGAAAAGCUUCAGCAAUACUGCACCAUCAUACCAGAUGCCGGUGUAGGCGCUGUUAUGAGCAAAGUAGACUUUGUCGUCACCGGUGCUUACUGUGUUACCGAGCAUGGAGGGCUCGUUCAUUCAACGGGAUCCCUACAAAUAGCAACAGUGGCAUCUGCUAUGAAUGUUCCCUUCUACGUCCUCUGUGAAACCUUUAAGUUUGCCCACAUUUUCCCCCUCAGCACCGCAGAUCUCAGGCAGCCCGAAGGGAGUAGCGAUGUACCCCUCGUAGAAUUUGUUCCUCCAUCGAUGGUCACGCUUGUUUUUUCUGAGCAAGGUAUAAUGCCUCCCUCCGCUGUCACUUACGAAAUGUUCAGAUAUCAUACCGCGCUCUUUGCGCCGGGGAAAUGCCAGUAG